AGGCUCUUGUCUCUCUCCAGGAAAUGGAAGAGUUUGUCCAGAGUUCAGGGGAACAUGGUAUUGUGGUGUUUUCUCUUGGCUCAAUGAUUUACAACUUAACGGAGGAGAAAAGUAACAUGGUUGCCUUAGCCCUCAGCCAGAUUCCACAAAAGGUUCUUUGGCGGUACAAAGGGAAGAAACCAGACACUUUAGGACCCAACACUAGGAUUUACGACUGGAUACCCCAGAAUGACCUGCUUGGCCACCCCAAGACCAAAGCCUUUAUUACUCAUGGUGGAACCAAUGGGAUCUAUGAAGCUAUCUACCAUGGGAUUCCCAUGGUUGGGAUUCCCAUCUUCGCUGACCAGCCGGAUAACAUUGCUCACAUGAAAGUGAAAGGGAUGGCAGUGGAGCUGGAUUUUAACACAAUGCAAACCCAGGAUUUAAUUGAUGCAUUGGAUACGGUCAUUAACAACUCCAGUUAUAAAGAGAAUGCAGUGAGGUUAUCCAAGAUUCACCACGACCAGCCCAUAAAGCCUCUGGAUCGAGCUGUCUUCUGGAUCGAAUUUGUCAUGCGCCACAAAGGGGCGAAGCACUUGAGACCAGCAGCUCAUGAGCUCACCUGGUACCAGUAUCACUGCCUGGACGUCCUGGCAUUCUUGCUCGUCUGUGCAGCAGCUGCUGUUUUCAUUGCUGUCAGGUGCUGCUUGUUUUGCUGUAAGAAAUGCGGUAGGAUUGUAAAGAAAAAGAAAACGGAGUAGAUUUGCUGUUCCCAUUGGCCACACUUGUCUCUGGUUAGGCCGUGGUUCAGCCAGGUACUUCAGCUUGUUCGUGGUCCUGUUGAUCUAGGCAUAUGCUGAAAAUGAGGCGCACGCUGUAAUACCCAUGUGUAAUCAGGGCCAUGUUCUGGCAGUGAUGUAUCAGGAAAGCUGCGCACUUAGCGAAUGUGACAUUUACAGUAAUUUCCUUUUGGCUUGAAUAAGAAUGAAUCAUUAGCUUGAUCCACCAAUCGGACUCCUUCGGUGAUUACACAGGGACUUGUCAUAUGCUAACUGUGGCAAUGAUUUUCAUAAUGUAACUUUCUGGAGACUUUAUUUUCAAAGGACGAAGCCCAUAUGUUUUAGGUCCUUUGCUGUGUCUUCCACCUGCAGGUAUUAAAGUUGAUUUGCCCACCCUGCGAUCUGUGAGAGUGUGUCCUCACGAGAUCACCUAGAACCAGAAUGUCUGUGUCUCUGUUGUAUGGCUCCUGGAAAAGCAGACAUUGAGUUCGGAGCUCAGAUAAGUGGUCAGAUGCUCGUAGAAGGUGCCCACCUGCAAGGUCAAGACUUCUGAAAAUAGCCGUCUGCCUGUAGGUUCCUACGUCCGUAUUUAAGUGUCUUAAUAGAUAACUUGAUUUUCAAAUGUUCUGGGCAUGCAGCAGCUCCGUCUGACUUCAGUUGGAGACGCUGGGUGCUUAACAUGUUUGAAAAUCAGGUUUUUUUAGCAACCAUGGUGAGGAUCCCUAGGAAUAGGCUCCUUUGAAAAUCCAGUGUUAGUUAGGUGCGCCACUCCCAUUGAAUUUCACCACACUCUCUUGGCCUCCUUUCAAAAUCUCAGCCAAAGAGAAGAACUUUGUGGCCUGUGUCUGAAAGCCUGAUCUGGAGUAUAAAAUGGAAAUGGUUUGUGUAGUGAUUUGGGGGCUCCAAUCGGAUCUCUUCUGCAUUGGCUCUCAUGAAAAAUCUUUAACAUUUAAUGAAACUUUACCCUGAGUUUAAUUUCUGUGGGUGAAGACACAAUUUGAUGGCUGAGAAUUAUAGCGCUGGGAAUUCAGUGGGCAUGUGCUAGAGCGUGGGCCCAAGAAAGGGGGUGGCUGUUAGAACGGCAGCCUUCCCAGACGUGCAGUUGGAGGGCAGUAACUCUAUGUGCUGGGAAUAUCAGAGUCUCUACAGUGUAGAACUCCCAGUGGUCAAACCAGUACACAAGGGGAUCCAGGAAAUGGCAGACUAACUCAAGGGGUUUUAUGUGCAUCUAGGUCUGCUCCUUUUGCUCCCUAGUCCACUAGGCCAGGGCUGGAGGCUGAGCAAAGCAACUCAGCAAGCUGAAGGAACAGCUGCUCUGCCCAACCAAGGUCUGGAGACUGACUGGUGGGGGGAAAGCAGUCCACUGUGUCCCAUCCCCUCCAUACACACAUCCGUGCAUUCUUCUGGCCUGCUGCAUAGGGAUCCCCCUGUGCUGCAGGACUCCCUCUUCCCAGUAGUCCCCCUUCUGUGGGGCGUGGAAAGUUAGUCUUAGGGCAUAUGGUCUCUGUUCAUCGUGCUAGCUGGCCUCCACAGCAGAACCAGCAACUUGCACAUCCUGACAGCUGCCAAAGCUCCCUGAAGACUCGCACUAACUUCAGCGGGCUUUGGCUCAGCUCAUUGUGCCAUCAGUAAUUCCCAAGCGUCUGCUGCCAUACACAGGAGUGGGGCACCUGUGCUACAGCAUUCCAG